GGAGUCCAAAUAAAAAUUCUCCAAAUUCGCGCGGAGCAGGUAUGCGCCGACCUUUUCUUCGCUGGGAAGUCUCAGCGAACGCAAAACGCAGAGGAAAAGAAAAACCAUAAAUAUGGCAUUAUCGACUCUUCUCUACAUCAGUUCCACUUCCUUCCCUCCUCUUCACCUCCCUAAAUCUCCAAUACCUUUCAACAAAAUUCUAUCUCUUCCUACUCCUCGUCCUAGAUUUCCCACUUCGUCGCUUUCGCCCCACAGACCCAAAGCUUUUCCAAUGCAGGGAAUUCUAUCGGAGGCCAUUAACUUGAUCCACUCUUCGCCGCCCACUUGGCGAUCUGCUCUCUUCAACAACCUGUUGAUUUUCAUUGUUGGGUCUCCUAUUCUAGUAUCUGGGCUUUCUCUAUCUGGUAUUUGCGCUGCGUUUCUUUUGGGCACUCUCACUUGGCGCGCUUUUGGGCCAUCUGGGUUCCUCCUCGUUGCUUCUUACUUCGUUAUAGGCACAGCAGCUACGAAAGUGAAAAUGGCGCAAAAGGAAGCACAGGGAGUGGCUGAGAAGAGGAAGGGAAGAAGGGGACCUGGCAGUGUGAUUGGUUCCAGUGCUGCUGGUUGUGUGUGCGCUUUUUUGUCGAUAAGUGGAGUAGGGGGAGAAGCAUUUUCUCGGCUAUGGGAACUUGGUUUUGUUGCCAGUUUCUGUACUAAGUUGAGUGAUACCGUCUCUAGUGAGAUAGGAAAGGCAUAUGGAAAAACUACGUACCUUGUUACAACAUUCAAGGUAGUUCCAAGGGGAACAGAAGGGGCUGUAAGUGUUGAGGGAACAUUAGCUGGAUUGUUGGCAUCAAUUCUUCUUGCCUCUAUUGGUUGUUUCAUGGGUGAAAUUCUUGCCCCUGAAGCAGUUAUAUGUGUGAUAGCUUCCCAGAUUGCUAAUUUUGGUGAGAGCAUAAUAGGUGCUUCACUCCAAGAGAAGGAAGGAUUUCGAUGGCUUAACAAUGACGUCGUCAAUGUCCUCAACAUAUCUAUUGGCUGCAUUUUAGCAGUCCUGAUGCAGCAAGUUAUACUCCAGAACUUGCAUGCAUAAAUCUGUAAAACUACUUUAGAAGCUCAGAUGCCUGGUUACUCAUCUGCUUUGAAAUUCUCAACACACUACGUACAUUUCAUCAAUGAAGAAAGUGUGAAAAGAGAUAGAGUAAGGCAUUUGCUUCGUUUCACUUGUAUGGUUAUGUUCAAAGAAAGAUACCCUCCCUUAUCGACAGAUGGUCUGAGAUACGUGGGCAUCGUUCGUGAUGUAUAUCCUAGUUCUUAGUCUUUUCUCCACUUUACAGUUAACAACCAAAAGAGCUUCCACAACUAAUUUGUUUAUUUUGCAGCCUAAAGUUUACUUUAUACUCGAAUUCUAUCGUAUAUCUGUAGACAUGAAAAUGUAGCAAACUCGGUGUAGGUGGACUCGUGUAAAUUCUGUUGAAGAAUACUGUUUUACGUAAAAACAAAGCACAUAGAGUUUUUUUGCUGUGUGUUGCUAA